UCCACCGACUCUGCGCGGGACAUCUGGUAAACCGUAUUCCCUGUUAAACACAGGCGUUUACUUAGAUUUGUCUACAGCUAUUAGCUAUGGUGGUAUUCUUUCAUCAAAUCCAGGCCAUGUUGCUUUAGAACGCAUCAUAUGUUUUGUAUGGCUUCCUCCUCCUCAUCGUCCAACCUCCUAUACGAUGCAUUCAUCAGUCACAGAGGCCCUGACGUCAAUACUCUUGCUAAACAGCUUUAUAAAUUUCUUCAGGAAAGAGGGUGCAGGGCAUUUCUAGACUGUGAAGAGAUAGAAGGGGAAGAUCCAUUACCCUCUGCUAUUCAGAAUGGCAUAUGUUCAUCUCGUGUGCAAAUAGCCAUUUUUUCCAAAGGAUAUGCAGAGUCCCCGUGGUGUUUAGACGAGCUGCUUCUUAUGUUACAACAAACUGAUGCUCUGUUUAUUCCUGUCUUCUAUGAUGUCCAGCCGUGGGAGCUACGCCACAUCUGGAACGUCAACUCGCAGUAUGCUGCUGCGUUUUUUGAUUAUGAAAGGCAAGGCAGGAACCUUGAUAAGCUUGGUAAAUGGUAAGAGGCCCUCGCAUCUGCUGCAGACAUAUCUGGUAUUGAAUAUACCCAACAUCAAGACAAUUUGUGUGAAGAAAUUGCAUCCCGUGUGCUGCGAGAAAUGAAUACAGUGUUAAAGGAUAUAAAUAAGGAAAAGGAUCAUGCUAAAGAUCUCUUCUGUAGCCAUGCUUUCCGCGGACGGGAUCCACCCACUGCAUAUGAGAAAUUGGUUCAAAGCUUUGUGGAAUCCUGUGGAGGAUUGCCCCUGUUACUCAAAGUUCUGGGUGCCCAUCUAUAUGGUAGGGAUGCACAUUAUUGGGAGUUGGAAUUGGAAAAGGUUAAUAAUAUCCAGCCCAAGGAUAUAAUGCACACACUUAAAAUCAGCUUUGAUGGUCUGGAUAGUCAGGAGAAACAGAUAUUUAUAGAUAUCGCCUGUUUUUUCAAUGAGGACAUCAGAUAUCUUCUGAAAAAUGCGGCCUUAUCAAUCUGGAAAGCGUCCGGUUGGAGCGCUGAACUUGCCGUUCAAACCCUGCAAGAUAAGUGCCUAGUGGAAGUGGGGAUCAAUGAUGAGUUUAAAAUGGACGAUAAGCUCCAAGAUCUGGGAAGGCAAUUGGCAGACGACUUGGGCCCUCCUCGGCUGUGGAAACCAGAGCUUCUUAGAUCUAUGGAAGCAAUGGGAUUUCAGCAAAUCCUAGCAAAAACAAAGGGCAGGUGUUUCCAUUCGUUCUGGGAUUUAUCCACAAUUACUUAUUUUGUAGCUAGUUCAAAUGACUCUGCUGAGACUGAACUCUUGUGGCUUGAAAUUGGUGACGAAGAGGGCAUAUUAAGAUACAUUCCUUUAUGGAUUCCUCUACAAAAAUUGCGCUAUUUAGCUGUUACGAACGUCGAAGAUUUGCUGAUCAGUUUUCAGCAACAGAUGCAGGUCAAUACCCAGGCCAGUUUCGAUUUGAGGAUAUUGUGUAUCUCAAGGUCUCCCUCGUUGGGAAAUCUUCCAGACUUAAUAGGAAUGUUGAAUCAUUUGGAAGAAUUAUACAUAGAAGAUUCAUUGGAGAACACUGAUUUGACAUCCCUCCUACAAUCACUUCAACAGCUGAGUAAUCUUAGAUUACUGGAAUUAUUUAGGUGCGGCAUCUCUUCAAGUGGGAUUUUGAAUCUCAGCAGAGGUACAAAUUCACCUAAUUUCGUGCCUUCUAGAAGCAGCAGCAUGAAUAGCCUUGAAACGGUAAAAUUUACCCAUUUGGAUAAUAUAUCCGAAUUGGUAAAAAGUGGAGAGGUGUGUCCCAGACUUGGAUCAUUGGAAGUUUUUUGGAUGGAGAAUCUAAAUGAAAUGUUCUUAGAGCAAUUAGAUAGACUAAAUACUCUUAAAGUGUAUAAAUGUGCGCAAUUGGACACAAUAUCAGUGGUAUCUUCUGUAGCAGGGCUUCAAGUCUGGUCAAAACGCAUGAAAUCGUUGGAGAGCCUCGAACGCCCAUGCGGUUUGGAGCGUAUCGAUAUUGGUGAAUGUCCUGAGCUGCAGAGUAUAGAAGGCCUCGAAGAGUUGCAAGGAUUGAAAAGUCUGGUAAUUCAAGUGCCUGAAUAUGGAGAUCCAAGUGUAUGGGAUUGCAUUUCUGGACUGAAGAGGCUGCCGUCACAGUAUGCCAUUUUGAUAGGGAAGGCAGUACCUAAAGCGACACACAGUUUGAACGUGGAGUUGUUUUCUAAAAUGGUGGAUGUCCAAACAGUCAGUGAGGAGGAUGGGUUGGAGAUGAGAAGUUCAUGGAGCACAAUCACUAUAUAUGUUGUGCUUGUAACAUCUUUGAACCUUCUUCAACUCGUAUAUAAAAGCCCCCGCAAUUCUCAUCUCUUUUUAGGUGAAGGAGAUUGGUUGGUUACAGGUUUGCUCAUGGCGCAUGAUGGUAUUGUUAGCCUGACUGGUUGCAAAAUACAGAAGGGGUUUAUGAUCACCUUCAACAAAAGUGAAGAAGGGAAAGCCUUACAUGCAUUGCAAAUUGUUCUUGAUAGAUUAUACAAAGUGAGUAUGGAACCAAACUUGUAGGGAUUUAUGAUCACUUUCUACUAAAGUGAAGAAGGGAAAGCCUUACAUGCAUUGCAAAUUGUUCUUCGACAGAUUAUAGAAAGUGAGUAUGGAACCAAAUUUGUAGGCAUAUGAUGUGGUAAAGCCAAAAGAGGAUGUGAAAGUAUUGUAUGUCCAGCUAUUGAAA